AACGGAAGAGCUUUGGCCAGCCAAUGAACUCGUUGGAGAUAUCUGUCGAGUCGAACAUACAACAGUUCCUAUUGGCCCAGGAGAGCGGGAAUCGCAGCCAAUAGUAUAAGCAAGGCGUUGGCGGUGUGCCUUAGCCCUGUGAACACUGCGGCGAAGAACCCUUGGGUACCGCGUGGCCAUUAAGACUGAAGAAACUCACUGGAACAUCAUGUCGCAGGCUGAGUUUGACAAAGCUGCCGAAGAGGUGAAGCACCUGAAGGUGAAGCCUACAGAUGCAGAGAUGCUGGAGAUCUACAGUUUGUACAAGCAGACCACAGUGGGUGAUGUUAACACAGCUCGUCCUGGCAUGCUGGACUUUGCCGGCAAGGCGAAAUGGGACGCCUGGGAGAAAAAGAAAGGCAUGAGCAAAGAGGAUGCGAUGAAGGCUUACAUUGCCAAAGUGGAAGAACUGAAAGAAAAGUAUGGAAUUUGAAGUCCAGCUUCCAAAUGGAAAGAAAUGGCAGUGUUUCAAUGGGCAGCGCAUACCGCAGCAGUAAUGGUUAACUUUGCAUGCCAAGGUGCCUUAAAUGCAUGAAUGCUCAGCUGCUGUGGUGUCAGUGUCAGUAUUUCAUCUGAACAUCAUGAUGAGCAUUUUCAUAAGGAGAUUUCAUAGUGACUGUAAAAUAUGUCCAAUUAAAUUACUUUUAA